AUGGAAUCCUCAAAAACGAAGAUAGAUGUGCACGCCCACUACCUCCCAGACUUUUAUGCGCAAGCGCUCAGAGACGCUGGGCAUUUACCUGGGCCCGAUGGCAUGCCCGGGAUUCCCGAAUGGACGCCCGAGGCACAUCUGAAGUUCAUGGAAGCGCAAAAUAUCGAGAAAUCGUACUUGUCCAUCUCCAGCCCGGGGGUAUACCUUUCCGUACCAUCAAAGUCCGCGACAGAGAAAGCCAUCAAACUCGCACGACGAGUCAACGAGUAUGCUUCCGAAGUAAAAGCCAAGUACUCCGACAAGUUUGGUUUCUUUGCAUCCCUGCCCCUCCCAGAUGUGAGCGCAUCCGUGGAAGAAAUUGAACACUGCUUCACCCAACUGGACCCGAAACCUGACGGCAUCGUGCUCAUGUCCAACUUCUACGGGAUGUACCUCGGCGACCCGGACCUUGAUCCAGUCUACAAGGCUCUGAACGAGGUGAAUGCCACAAUCUUUGAACAUCCUACCGCACCUUGCACCCAGCAUAACCAUUUGAGAUUCUCCAUCGACGGAGAAGAUCCCGGGAUCGCGCCGCCUGAAUGGCUUAGCCUGAAUAGGCCGGUAGCAGGACGGCAAGAACGAGCGCCGACCAUUGACUUCCCUUUCGACACGGCUCGCGCAUUUGCAGACUUAUUCUACUCCAAGAUUCCGACGCGGUUCCCUUGCAUCAAGUGGAUUAUGCCUCAUGCCGGCGGCGGUCUCGUUCCCACUCUAGAUCGGAUCGUCAGUUAUAGCAUGCCCGAUGCCAAUCUCACGGAGUCGUUCAUGAAAGCUAAACUAGCAGAAAACUUCUACUUUGAUCUCGCUGGACCUUGGCCGGUCACCUGGGCGAUUCCUCCUCUGCUCCGGUGGGUGAGCUAUGAGAAGCUUUUGUGGGGAACGGAUACGCCUUUCACGCCUUGGACCAUGGCUGAGACUGGGAGAAUCAAGUUUGAUCAAGAUGUGGAGGAGUCUCUCAACGACACGAGUAAGGUCGAAGCUGUGAGAAGGGGUAAUGCUGCGAAACUCUUCGGAUGA